CUAAAAUUCGUGUAAAUACCUAGUAACCUUAAAUCUGUUUGUUUGAUAUUUUCUAAAUAAUUUUUUUUUGAAAAUUAUAUUUAAAUCAUUUAUUAAGUAAAUAAUUUACUUUGGAAGUCGAGUGAAUAUUUUAUUAGCGUCAAUAAUAUCAUUAACUAAGUGAAAUGUCUCAAGUAAAAGAAUGUAUACAAAAAGCAUACGAAUGUUCAAAAGUACGUGACACUGUUGUUCCAAAAAGUUGUGUGCGUAAACCAUCCAAGCAUAAUUGCAGAUGUAAAAGUAUCGCAGCUUGCAGAUCGUUAAAGAAUGAAUAUAAAUACGUUCAGCCAUGUCGUCCGGAGCUGUGUAUACCUGCCCCACAAACAAAACUAAGUGAUGCGCCAUUUGCUGACGACUCCAUCUACAGUCGUUCGUUCUACCAACACGACGUUUGUCCUGCCAAGCCUGUCGUACACCCUGACCACUUAGUAAUGGCUGGUGAAUUUCAGGAUGAAACUGUGCACAAGUUAAGUUAUCCAGUACAAUGUGCGCCGGUAGUGCAAAAAAUCACGCCCAAGGACCACUGUUUGACGGGUACAGGACCAAUGCGGCUGAUAACUACUCAACAACAUGAUUACUACGGGCCAUGCGACGGUGGGCGCCGAAAGAACAUUAUACCAUUAAGCAAUCUUAUUCGGUCUGAAUGUCCGAUGGCUGGGUUGACCACUACCAACUGUUCGUACCAACCGGUGUGCGCCGGUCCAAUGGAGAAUUACAAACCACACGCUUGCUAUACCGUUCCCGAGGAAGGAAUGGAUAUGAAUACUGUCCAAAGAUGUAGCUACAAACUAGUCGAACCGAAGGAAAAACUCCCAACUCCAUGGGCAGAAAAGUUGGAAUAUUGUAAGCCGGAGGACGCAGUAGAAUGCUGUACGGUGUACAACUAUAGUUACAAAGAACCGGGUGUGUAUAUGUUGGAUGAUGGUUGUGGAAACACACUUGAUAUUGCCGCAGAAAGUAAUUUAGAAAACUGUUGUCCACCUAGUUGUCUGGCUGAUAAUGUGGAUGAUGAAUUUAAGUCACGAUUCAUCAAGGCUCAUCAGUUUGAUGAAUAAUCAAGCAAAAUUACAAUAUUUAUAAUUUAGACAAACGUUUAUACGUGAAAUUCUUUAAAAAAUAAACAGUCUAAUAAAUAAUUUCAAAAUUA